CAAAAAGGAACAGCGAAAGCACAACGCUCGGCUAGAAGCCAUGAUGAGAAACAUGCGGCCCAUCGCGGUGCGUGCCCCUCCGAUUCAACAAGGACUGGCCCCGGCGCAUGUUCUCGGAGGAGCUGCAAGCAAUCUGAAUGUUUGUUAUGCAUGCCAUCAGCGAGGACAUCUAGCCCGUGAUUGCCCCCACCGACUCCCGCAACAACGGGUCGGAGUUGCACCAAUGGCCGCAACUCCUAUCGCUAAUGGACCUGGAAGGGUAGGAGCCCUGGUGGAAGAGAUGGAAGGUGGGGGAAGUGCGUUAGCAACUACGGAAGAAGCCGCUGAGCUCAUCCCGUUAGAUCAGUAUGUAUCGCUUGGUUAUCCUGGGCUUGGAAUGAUUGGAACGAUCAGACCGGCGCCGGAACCGAAAGAAGUGGCGGAAUGGCGACCUUCUCCUGGAGAGAUGGAGUCGGGAGGACCCACCUUCGUCACAGGGGAAAUCGACGUACUGAACAUCAUCCGGGCCUUGGAUCAUCGGAUUCCACUUCCGAUUGGCCAUCUGCUCUCCAUCUCAGAACAGGCUAAUGAGCGGAUGCUACAGCACUGCAAGGCGAACCGAAAACGAUUCGCCCUCGCCCGAACCAUGAACGUAAAGGCUAAAAGUCCCCUACCAGAAGGAAACAUGGCUGGCACGACAGAUCCAAUACGGGUAGGACUAAUACAGAAAGACGACCAUUUCCUACGGAUUAAACCCAUCCCGUGGAAAUCUGCGGAAUGCGAUAUUGAAAUAUGGGGGAUUCUGUACAACGCAAUCAUUGAUUCGGGAGCUGCUGUUUUGGCUAUCUCGCUGAGAGUAGUUGAGAGGGAAGGUAGGAAAAACGACCUGAUCAUGCUUACAGAAAAGGAUCAGCUCGUUUCGGCAGACGAAGAAAAUAUUAAAACAGUGGGAACAAUGACCAAUGUCGCUUUCCGAUUGGGAAAAGUGCAUGCACUGGGAGAUGUCGUGGUGUUAGAUGUAAAUACCUACGACGUUCUUUUUGGACUUCCCGCUCUUGUGGCAUUACGAGAGAACCUGGAUUUCGAGCGAAGGACAAUCAUCCUCCGAAAUACAGGAGGAAAACCCUAUGCUGUACCUUUGAGACUGACCCUUCGUACUACCAUCAACGCAGUUCUGCGAGUUUCACUGAUGUUAGCAGGGACCCUCCGUAUGAUCGUCUGGGAAGACUCCGCAGACGAUGAGCCAUCAUCAAAGGAUGCGGAUAGCAGUGACGAAAAUGAUCCAGAAAUCUUGAAGCUAGCGCGACAGCGUAUUUAUUACCCGCCGCCCCGAACGAUCGCAAGAACGAUGCAUCUAACCAGUCGAAAUAUCCAAAGGACCAAGGCGAUGAUUUUGGGUGAACCCCUCGUACAGAUUUCGAGGAUGGUCGAUUCCUUUGAACCCCCUCAAACCCAGUACGAAGGAAUCUCCGCUCUCCUCGCCCGAUAUAACGACAAGAAGCACUACUGCGAUAUAACCGAUCUACCAAAGUCCCUAUUGACACCUGCAAAAGAGUGGAGACGUUGGCGAGAGCACUUCGUUGAGCUAUCGGUGUGUCWGGUUGGAGUAAGGGUCACRUGGACGCAGCACGGAGAUCACCGCCAGUGGGCCGAGUACCUCGAGCUGCUUAUCAUCCAAGCGUGGCGAACGGAAGUGGAGGGCGAUCUGCUCGGAUUCCUCUUCGGAUCGGUGYGGCCCGAUCACCGCCAACCGAUCGUACACAAGUUAACGGUCSCCCUUGCGCAGCUGGCCGACGAUCUCCCACUCGAGAUCRUCUCGCAGAGCGACGACAGCCCGGUCCCACACGUUCUCACGCGGACCUUGGCGCCAUAUCUUCAGUGGUCGGCGUGCUUGGAGGAACCAGGAAGCAGCCCCAACCCACCAUCGCAGCGCGAUUAUCUGGACCCGCAMGAGAUAGUCGACCUCACCUUUUUCCAAGAUCGGACGGCUUCCRAAAACGAGGAGGUAGAGAUUGAAGCGGAAGAAGAGAGCUCGGGAGAAGAAGAAGCCGAGGAAGAGGCCGACGAUGAAGAAACUCCCGAAGAGGGGAGUUACAGUGAGCAYAGCGAAGGGGAGCAAAGUGAGGAGGACGACAAGGAAGAGGAAGAAGACCAGCAGGAAUUAGAGGAGUCGGAAUACGAAGGAUUUGAGGAGGAAGUGCGUGACGAGGCUCGGGCGCAGGCCGAGGCGCAGAAGAGAGAAGAAAUCGCGGCCGGGAAGAGACAGCUGGAGUUCGCCAGCGCAGCCGGCCAGCCGCUCACCGACGAUCCGGCCCGGGAUCCAGAGCCGCCUAAGCCCGAGGAUGGAGAGACAGUUGGCGAGACUUCGGCCCCACCAGCGAGAAGGCGACGAAGCCGAUCCCCCUCCCCCUCCACCUCCGACCGCCCACCAACUCGUCCACGUACCGAUGCGGGGCAUCGGGCUUCGUCCCCGGUCGUUAUCCCGCCGUCCCCUUGACCACCUCUCCUUCCGCCAGAUCUCUACUCGCGUCACCUUCCCCGCCAAUCCCUUUC